GGUGUAUUCACUCAGUCCCAUCUGGUAUCGGCAUACGCCCCGUUCUAGAGAAUAAACAUGAAGUAUUAAAGACCCAAUCCCUCAUCCUAACUGCGAAUCACUAUCAUCAAGCAUUGCCAUCAUGGCUACUCCAACCGAUCCUCUCAACUUCAUCCCCGCAGACAUAUUCUUCCCCACCGUUCCAAACUUCACCAAACCCUCUGAAAUCCUCACCGUUGAAUCAUCCACUUCAACAUCCCCCAGCGAUCCUCUUCGCUAUGCUGCACACAUCACUCUGAAGGGUGAGCCAAACACUCACUGUCUCGUCCAGUUUGCAUCGCCGCAGAUUUGGAGAGUGAGAUAUAAUCCAAAGUACACUGCUGUCUCGGGUUAUGAUGAUUUCAACUCGCGUACUAUUGUUAGAGAUACGUUUUCGAGUUUGGUAGAUGGUCUUCAGCAGGAGUAUAGAGACUCUGAGGCUUGGAACUCGCAUCCUGCUCAGGAGGGAUGGUUUUGGAAGACGUCUUUUGAGCAGAAGGCUCCCGAUCACUGGGUUCUCACCACUGUUGAGUAUCAAGAUAAAACAUCCACUGGUGUUCCGAACACAGCUCUUCACUUCUUCGCCUCCCCAUUCCGCAUAGUCGCGACGAGAAAACUCAAGGCACUUGAUGCAGACCCAGCGUUCUUGAAGACUGUUGGUAUCGACGCUGUAUCUGAGUACGAGCAGAUUAUCUGGCAGACUACCGACCAGACGUUCUCCUAUCAAGGUGAUCCUAUCGUUGACGCUGUGAACAAUGUCGUUCUCAACAUCAAGAAGCCUGGACCAGCAGCGUAUCUUGGCUUUGGAGAGCAGGGUGGACGGACUGUUAUAAAGAAGCCUACAUAUCUCAACUUCUUCUGUUAUGAUAACUUCAACUAUUCAAAAGUCUAUGGACUUGGAGCUCUGGAUACUCGAGAGCCGCUGUACCACUCCACACCUUUCUUUCUGGAGAUGAACGGCAAUCCGGAUCGAAAGAAUGUUACUGGCGUCAUGGUGGAUAACUACUCUCAAGUUGCCAUCGAUCUUGGCAAGAAUGAUUCGCAUACCAUCAGUGUAGCGACUCGUUUCAACACCUUUGAUGCAUGGAUCCUCACGGCCGACGACGUUCCACGGAUGAUUUGGCAAUAUACCUCCAUUGUCGGCCGACCUAAGCUCAAGCCCCGUUUCAUUUUGGGACAUCAUCAAGCAUGCUAUGGUUACUCCAACGAAGGGACUGUCAACAAUGUUGUACAACGGUACCGAGAUUCAGAAAUCCCUCUGGAUGGUAUGCACCUGGAUGUCGACUUUCAGGAUAAAUACCGUACCUUCACCAACAGCAACAAGAAUUUCCCCAAUGUCGGAUCAUUCCUGAACGGCCUGAAGGCAAAGGGCGUGAAGAGCUGCACUAACAUCACACCCAUUCUCACCAUUCGGCCCUCAGAUGAAGGUCCCUACAAAGCACUGGACAGCUUCUGGGAUGUCAAUGAUAAGAAGAACCCAGAGACCAAUCUCUUGGUGGCCGACAAUCGAUACCUCAAGGGCCUGCCCAACAACCAACCUCUUUGCUGGCGCUACGAUGGCGGUCUUCAGAACUUGGACCCAAAUAACGUCAAUCAGCGUGAAAGAUUCGCAGACUAUAUCGGCGCUCCGGACUACAGGGAUGACUACAACUUUUCUGAGAAUUAUAACAGUGGAUAUCCAUUCCAUGGCGGUGUUAGCUAUGGUACUAACCUCGGAACUCCCGGAUUCUAUCCUGAUCUCAACAGAAGAGCUGCGAGGAAGAAGUGGGGUGAGCAGUAUCAGUAUCUCUUUGACAACGGUCUCGAAUUCGUCUGGCAAGAUAUGACAACUCCCGCCGCAGCAAAAUGCUACGGUGACUCCCUCGGUUUCCCCUCUCGCCUCCUCAUGACAGACGAUAGCUACACCGACCCCCCGAAAACCAAAACCGCCAUCGAACUCUGGAGUCUGUACUCCUACAACCUCCACAAAGCAACCUACCACGGCCUCAACAAUCUCAAAGGGCGCGAGAACAAACGCAACUUCAUCAUCGGCCGCGGUAGUCAAACAGGUAUGCAUAGAUACGCUGGUCUCUGGACCGGUGAUAAUGGUAGUUCGUGGGACUUUUUUAGAAUCUCGGUUGCGCAGGUUCUUGCGUUGGGAUAUAGCGGGUUGAGUAUUGCUGGUGUAGACAUGGGUGGUUUUACAGCGGAUCCAGCUAAUACGUUGCCGAAUCCGAGGUGGUGCGAUCCUGAGUUGUUGAUAAGAUGGUAUUCGGGGGCGUUUUUGCUGCCAUGGUAUAGGAAUCAUUAUUUGCAGCAUCCUGAGGCGAGUUCGGGAGGUUGUAAAGCUUUCCAGGAACCUUGGGCUUACAGCGAUAUCCUGAACAACUUCCCCGGUCCUCUUCCGCCUGACCAGGCUGCGUUGUAUCGCUCAGUCGUGCCUGUUUGCAGGUACUACGUUCAGCUUCGAUAUUCCCUCCUUCAGGUCCUGUACGACUACAUGUUUGCCAACCUGACCAACGGUCUGCCAGUAGCUCGUGCCAUGCUCGUUACCGACCCCUUCGACACAAGCCUGUUCAACGCCAACCAAGGAUUCAUCGACAAUCAGUACCUUCUCGGCCAUAACAUCCUAGUCUGUCCUCAGGUUGAGCAAAAGGCAGGACGUCGCGAUGUCUAUCUUCCCAAUUCUGAUAACUGGUAUCCUUCCAACCUUCGAGUCAACAACCAAGGCUUUGGACCUGAUCCGAUUCUCAAGCACGCUGCUGUGUUGCAGAAAUCAGCUCCUGGUGGCAAGAUUGUUGACUAUGAUUGUCAUAUUCCUGAUGCUGUUGCGGAUCCGGAGCAGGUUGCUUAUGUUACUCCUGUGUAUAUCCGAGGGGGUGCUAUCAUUCCUCAGCUUGAUGUUCGUCAAUGGGUCAAGGAGGGUGAUCUGAACUCGCCGACCAUUCACGUCUACCCAGGUGGCAAGACGACUUCAUACUCGAUGUAUCUCGACGACGGUGUCAGCCGCGACAGUGCACCCAUCGAUCUGCCCCAGCACAAGUACAAAGACGCAGCUCAAUACACCAAAGCAAAAGGUUUCUACCGCGAAGUCAAGAUCACUCAGGAAAACACCAAAACAAACCGUAAAAUCACCAUUCAGCACCAAUGGGACGGCUACGACGCCAAAGCAACCAUCGGCGACACCUACAACUUUGCUAUCUGGACCGUUCAAGCAACAGCGCCGCCUGAGUCACAGAUCAGUGUUGACUUUGAGGAUGAGAAUGGAAUGACGGUCAUCGACUCUGGACUGACGUCGACUUAUAUCGUAGGCCGUGGUGUUCUGACGGUUAGUGUACCGGUGCAUCUCGUGCCGUCGCUCAAGACACCUCAGAAUUAUACGCAGGGAUCUUUUGCGGAUCGAAUUAGCCCUGUUGACCAGAAGAAGAGCACCCGAAAUAGAUAUCGUGCCACGAAUCACCAGUGGGGUAGCAAAGACCAUGUCCAUGUCCAUGCUGCAUCUGUCUUGCAGGAACACGGAUCGCCAGUACAUCCGUCAAGGAUAAACAUCAUAUCAUCAAAACACCUCGAAGAGUAUAGUGACUCACGCCAUCGCCGAUACAUACUACGUAGUACAGCACUGGCUAUCCACUUGGGCAUCAAUUAUACCACCCUACAAUUCUCCUCAAAUCUCCCCUCAAAUCUCAUCAUCCAUUCAAACUUCAUUAGUAUCAAAUGUCCCGCCAGAAGAAUGCGUCUCAUACACACCAAAACCUUCCAGCUAGAGGAAUUCUACGGCCAGCCUCCCGAAUAUGCCAUUUUAUCACACACAUGGGGUCCCGACGAGGCCACGUACCAAGACUGGCAGGGCAACCUCGAGCUGAUGAAGCUAAAGAAAGGUCAUCAGAAGAUUCGGCGCGUCUGCGAGCAAGCGAGAAAGGAUGGCCUAAUGUAUCUCUGGUGCGACACCAACUGUAUCGACAAGAGCAGCAGUUCAGAGGUCUCUGAGGCGCUGAAUGCUAUGUUUUCUUGGUAUAAGAAUGCGUCGGUUUGUUAUGUUUAUCUGAGUGAUGUGUCGCCCAUUGAUACGGGUGCUUUCGACCCGAUGGUGCAGUUUAGACAGUCGAGGUGGUUUACCAGAGGUUGGACACUGCCUGAGCUUUUGGCUCCUACGUCGGUGGUUUUCUUUGCGAAUGAUUGGACAACUAUUGGGACGAGAAAGACUCUUGCCAAUACGAUUUCGUUCGUCACCAAGAUUGAUCAGCAAUAUCUCGACUGCACCUUUUACAAAGCCAGUAUCGGUGAGCGCAUGUCUUGGCUAUCCAAACGAGAGACGGAACGAGUUGAGGAUAUCGCCUACUGCAUGCUCGGCAUCUUCGAUAUUAACAUGCAGAUCAUCUACGGGGAGGGAAUGAGGGCGUUUAUCCGACUGCAAGAGGAAAUCAUCCGUGUUUCAAACGACCAAACACUCUUCUGCUGGGCCUGGGAUGAGCGCUACGUUCCUCACGACUGGGCCAGCAUUCUCUCCCCAUCACCAAAGACUUUCGUCGACUCGAGUAUCUACACCGAAUGGCCUGUCCACGAAGCAAAGACAUACACCAUGACGAAUGCUGGUCUGUCAAUCAGGCUGCCUAUCAUGAACACCAUCACCGAAUCAGUCGAGCAGUGGCUUGUUCUUCUCAACGCUAGACGAGACUCGGAGAACCAACAAGUCGCAUUGCUCCUCAACAGAUUACCAGGAAAGGAUCGAUGCACUCGUAAUCGGACACCACCUUGUCCGGUACCAGUCCUAACCGGAUCUACAAAACUCCGAGAAGAAAACAUGUUCAUCGCUGGAAGUCGAGAGCGCGCCUCAUACCAACCCGACUUCCACGGCUACGGCAGCUAUGAAGUCCUCGUCACUCUCGACAGCGGCGCCAUUCCCUACGACAGCAUAACAUCAUGCCCUCGACUAGAAUCUGGAACCAUCAGUCUUCAAUCAUGGGACCAAGCAGGCCACUACGGCCGCGUCCUCGCCAUCCAAGGCAUGCAAAGCAUAAAGAAGAACGAAAAGCGCGCCUCAGUCUUCAUCGCCACCCUAGUAUUCGGCAUAGAAGUUGUCGGCUCCAAAAUCGAAUGGUUCUGCAAAAUCCGCGGCAUACAAGAAUCCUCCGGCCCAUUUAGCAACAGCACCCUCGAAGAAGCAGUCUACGAAGAAGAGCAGGAUAUUCGAUCUCAACUUGCGAGAACAGGUCACUGGCGGGCGAUCUUUGAUCAAGAGAAGGAUACUACGUCUGAUACUGUGAGAAAACAUGAGAUUGAUCUGUUGACGUCGGUGUCGCUGAGUUCAGGGGUGAGGAUAUCGGCGUCGUCGAUGAUGGCGGUUGCGCAUUUGCAGUUGGCGCAUAUUGUGAAGCCGGCGGAGGUUGCGCCGUGGGAUGAUGGGCAUAAGUUUAGGACUGCGGAUGGAGCGAAGGAUUUGUCGAGAUGGUUGAGUGCUUUGGAAUGAAGAAUGAAGGAAAUGAUUUACGUACAUGAUUUAAUGAAAAUGAUAGAUACACAUAAACUAGAAUACC